AUGUCUGAUACUCUUGAUCGAAUCACCGAGUCGGUAAAAAGAUGCCGAAUAAUGGAAUAUCCUGAUCAGCUGGGUAAACGAACAAUUGCGACAAAUUUUGAAGAACUUGAAGGAAAGAAGGUCUCCGAUAGACGUAAUCAUAACUUGAUUGACCUGGACCACCCCGACGUAUUGAAAAACCGGAACGAUAUCCCGGCAAAUGAUAGGUAUUUUGACAUGCUGCGCCUGGAAAAGCUUGCGAAGGACAAAGGAUUUAAAAGAUCAGACACUUUCAAUGAGGCUUUCGAAGACACGGGUCGCGAUCAGUACCCUAUCAUAGCAGACGUGCUCCUUCAAAUAACAAUGGUAAGGGUAUAUAGCACCUUCAAAAUAACGGAAAGUGUGAACAUUUAUGUUGGAAUUGGACGAAAAUUUAGCCUAUUUUUUUUUUAUUUUGAUCAAACUGAAAUAAUGGUCCUCAUCAAUAAACGGUUCUAUCUUUACAGACUAUUUCUUCUGUGUACCUUUCACUCAAACGACGACAUUUUAGGAACACCACCGGUCAAAUAA